GGUCAUGCCGACAGUAUCGAGGGGGUGGCCUUUUCACACGAUUCAGCGCUUAUAGCAUCAGGAUCAUCAGAUUUUACGGUCGAAAUCUGGGAUAGGAUCACAGGAAGAUGCCAAAAAUCACUCGAGGGUCAUAAUGGCAUUGUCAAUGCGGUGGCCUUUUCGCACGAUUCAACGCUUAUAGCAUCGGCAUCGGAUGAUUCUACUAUCAGGAUCUGGAACACCACAACAGGGCAAUGCCAACAAUUGUUACGUGGCCCUAGAUCGGACAUCACUGUAGAGGCGGUGGCAUUCUCACAUGACUCAAAGCUCAUAAUAUCAGGGUCGAGUGAUAACACCCUCAAGAUGUGGGAUGCAUCGACAGGCAGGGCCCUAAAAUCGCUUACGGGCCAUAAUGCAACCAUCUACGCAGUAGCUUUUUCACACAACGACGACUUAAUGAUAUCCGGAUCAGGAGAUGGUGUCGUUAUACUUUGGAAUCUCGUUGAAGGAACCAGCAACGUAUUGGAGACUCAUACUGGAAUCAUUGGUUCCGUCGCCUUCUCGGAGAACUCAUUGUAUUUCUACACAUCGUCACAAGAUGGUACUGUUAGAAGCUGGAGUUCUACAAGUGGCCAAUGCCAACAAAUAUUACGCGGUCAUAGGGGUCCUGUUUCUUCGGUGGCCAUUUCACCCACUUCGCCCACUUCACCUACCUUUAUAGCAUCAGGGUCGCUUGACGAAACAGUCAAGAUUUGGGAGGCUGAUACAGGGAUAUGCAGACAGACGUUUGCUAGCAAAGGUGCUGGGGUUCGUGCAAUAGCCUUCUCUCAUGACGCGAAUUUCGUCGUAUCUGGCUUGAGUGACGGCACUCUCAAGAUUUGGGAUAUG